CAACUGUGUGCAUGUUGUGAGAGGAAGGAAUGGAGGUGCGCUGUCAAGAAUUACAGCAGGUUUGAUUCAACAGACAACAACUAUACUCGUGAACGGGGGGAAGAAGUGAGUCGAGUCGAUAAGAAGAAACUGACUGCUGAAGCGUUGAACAUUCACCACAGUUGGAAGAUGAGUGAAUCCAGUAUAUGUCAGGUGAGGGCAACAGUUAUGCUGUAUGAUGACGGCAACAAGCGUUGGGUACCGGCAGGAUCGGAUACUCCUUCCUUGAGUCGUGUCCACAUCUAUCACAACCCUGAGGCCAACACCUUCAGAGUGGUGGGCCGUAAGCUGCAGGCCGACCAGCAGGUGGUGAUUAACUGUCCAAUUAUCAAAGGGAUGAAGUAUAAUCAAGCCACAGCGACUUUCCAUCAGUGGCGGGAUCCAAGAUACGUGUGGGGGCUGAACUUUGGCAGUAAAGAGGAUGCAGUUCUUUUUUCCAACAGCAUGAUGCAUGCAUUAGAGGCUCUCAAUGCACCAGCAGGUACAGGCCCAGCUCAGAGUCAUCCCUCUGCACAGGAUCAACAGAGAAGACAGGCGGCUGCUGCACCUCCUGUCCCUUCCACUCCUCCGGCUGCACCACCCGCUCCACCUGCCCCACCAGCCCCACCAGCACCUCCCCCACCCUCUUGCCCUCCCCCAAGUUCCUCUGGUCCAUGCCCACCUGCACCUCCACCACCUCCCUCUGGAGGCAUGGUCCCACCUGCACCACCCCCACCCCCGGCAGGAGGAAGUGGAGGUGGAGGUGGAGGUGGAGGUGGAAAUGAUCUGGCUGCAGCUCUGGCAGGAGCCAAACUGCGUAAAACAGCAAAGGAUGAGGGAGCAGCAGCAGCCCCAGCCCCCAAACCGGCAUCGUCAGGCGGUGGAGGAGGCAACCUAAUGGGAGAAAUGAGUGCCAUUCUAGCAAGGAGGAGAAAAGCUGCCGAUAAGCCGCCUGAAACAAAGAACGACAAUGAGGAAAAUGACUCCUCAAAAUCUAAAUCCUCAGGACCAGGUGAAAUAAAUCCGUUCAAGGAAAAAUCGGCUACCAUUCCAAGGCCCAAAUCUUUAACCACCAGUCAAGGGGAUGUCAGCCCACGUCCCAGCUCCACAACCACUGCUUCUAACUCUCCCACUACUCCAGGGUCCAGGUUGAAAAUGAUGAAAAAGACCUCUGAUGAUGCAGGAAGUCAUCCUGAUAUGGAACGAGUCAAGCAGGAAAUUCUUGAGGAAGUGAAAAAAGAGCUCCACAAAGUGAAGGAAGAGAUUAUUACAGCACUGGUCCAGGCGCUACAAGGUGCACAGACCACAGAUGAUGGUUCUUGAUAAGCUGAAAAAUGGCUUCAGGGAACAAUGAAUAGGUGCGAAUGGCUUAUCAUCCACUGCUCAGGCAAUUUACAUUCUUUGACCCAAUAGAAAUUCAGUUAUUUUUACAAAGUCUAAAUAUCUAGUGUGAGUGUAGUCUUUUUUUUCAUUGUGUCUUAUUUUCCUGUAUCCUGUUGAUGAUCCGGUUUCUCAAGUAUUCCAUUUUUCUGUUUGUGCACGUAAACAUCACAUCUCCGUUUCAGAGAUCUGAAUAAGUUUUUAUCCCUUGUUUUGAAUUAUGCUAGCUGGAGUAUUCUGCAAGAAACAUGAGAACCCUGUACCAGAAGUCACAGCUGUGUAUCUUCAUCCACUAUUCCUUUGUCUUAUGAGGCGGCAAAGACAGUGACAGGCUGAAAGUAUUUAAUGUUUAUUAUUUCCUGUUGUUUGUAAUAGCUGUCAAUAAUCAAGAGGAGGAAUACUUUGGAUUGUUGGGUUCUCUGUUCAAAAUGUGUAAGGUCUAUACUUUACUAUGUUAAGUGCUAUAAGAUGACAUGCUGUGAAUUUGUGCUAUAUCUAUAUAAAAUUGAAAUUGGAAAUUGAAGGUGGAUAAGUCAAAUCCACAACACAAGGUUGACAUUUAGAAGUGCUACGCCUGCUGUAAACCCAAGUGACCUCAUUUUCAAUGGCCACAAUUAAAGUAACUUAAGAGAAGGAUAA